CCCCGGCAGCGCCGCCGCCUCCCGCCGCCUCCCUCAGCCCCGCUCGGCGCGGCGGGCGGCUCCGCUCCGCUCCGAAGCGCUCGGCCCCCGCUCCGCACCGCAGCGCUCCGCGCUAUGUGUGCCGGCGCUCCCGUGCCUCCUCGCGGCCGCUUCCCACCCGGCGGGGCGCGCUCGGCCCCGCUCUGAGCGCGGCGGGGCAGGGGAGCGAGCGGAGCGGAGCCCGGACGGUGCCGCCCGGCGCGGAGCGAAGGGAGCGCGGCGCCAUGCGGGGCUCGAGACUGGGGCUGGGGCUGGGGCUGCUGCUGGGCGCGGCGUGGGUGGCGUGCGGGCAGAACGAGACGGAGCCCAUCGUGCUGGAGGGCAAGUGCCUCGUGGUGUGCGACUCCAACCCCACCUCCGACCCCACCGGCACGGCGCUCGGCAUCUCCGUGCGCUCCGGCAGCGCCAAGGUCGCCUUCUCCGCCAUCCGUAGCACCAACCACGAGCCCUCCGAGAUGAGCAACCGCACCAUGAUCAUCUACUUCGACCAGGUACUAGUGAAUAUCGGCAGCAACUUCGACUCGGAGCGGAGCACUUUCAUCGCGCCCAGAAAAGGGAUUUACAGUUUCAAUUUUCACGUGGUGAAAGUGUAUAACAGGCAAACCAUCCAGGUGAGUUUGAUGCUAAACGGGUGGCCAGUGAUUUCUGCCUUUGCAGGGGACCAAGAUGUGACCCGAGAAGCUGCUAGCAAUGGAGUACUGAUUCAGAUGGAGAAAGGAGACAGAGCUUAUCUAAAACUGGAGAGAGGAAACUUGAUGGGAGGCUGGAAGUAUUCAACAUUCUCUGGAUUUCUAGUGUUCCCGCUUUAAAUCACUUCUCAUCCAAGAAAAGGGAGAAAUCUCUUACAAGUUCCCAAGUCAAAGCUGGGUUUGAAGAGUCAUGGACAGCAGACUUUUUACAUUCAAAUAUUAAAGAAGCUUAAUCCUGCUUAGGUUUGUGUACAUCUGCUUUGAAGAAUUACUACUUAUUUUUGUUGUGUUGCAGCCAACAGGCGGGAGACACUAUAAUUGAUCAAACCCCCAUUUAUAUUCUUCUCUCUCCUCCCACAAAAUUAGUUCCCAUCUCUGUGUCAUUGGUGUAAUCUGCCAUUGCUCCCCCAUGGCUUCUGCCUCACACAAGUAGACUUUAGAUAUUUUCAUUGUUCUUUACAGCAUAUUUUGUAGUUUUGUUUUUAAAACAUGUUAAUCUUGACUCUUUCUCUGAGUUUAACUUUUAAAAAAAGAAAAAAGCAAAGUAUUUUUUGAAUACAUGGAUGCCAUGAUGGAAGGGAAAAUGCAAUUCUUGCUGGGUACUGGCUGGCAAAAGGAAAAAAUUUCUACAUGAAGAACUAUCCACAGCCAAGGCUGACUAAAGUAUUUCACUAUUUCUAUGUAAUUCUGAGUGAUUGUGAAAUUUAAGGCUGCUAAAUGUUUUGAUGCUUGUUUUGCUCUUGUACAACGUGGCCCAACUAAACGCCAGGAAGUAUAUUGAACUUUUACUAUUACUCUGUAAUAUAUGUGUGAAUAUUGAAAAUUAAUUUUUGCUUUAAUUCAAUAAAGUUUAAAUGGGA